UGCAUCUAUGAUUGUUUCUUUAGGAAUAGAAGUGGAAUAGCUGGGUCAAAGGGUAAGAAGAAAAUACGAUGGGACCCAGUUAGGAGGCGCUUCAUUCAGUCCUGUCCCAUCAUAAGGAUCCCUAACAGGUUUUUGAGAGGCCACAGACCUCCACCAGCACGAAGUGGACAUCGCUGUGUGGCAGAUAAUACCAAUCUCUAUGUGUUUGGCGGCUAUAACCCAGAUUAUGAUGAGUCUGGAGGGCCAGAUAACGAAGACUACCCUCUCUUCAGGGAGCUCUGGAGGUACCAUUUUGCUACAGGAGUAUGGCACCAGAUGGGCACAGAUGGCUAUAUGCCCCGAGAAUUGGCAUCCAUGUCACUCGUGCUGCAUGGGAACAACCUGUUAGUGUUUGGCGGGACGGGCAUCCCGUUUGGCGAGAGCAACGGCAAUGACGUCCAUGUCUGUAAUGUGAAGUAUAAGAGAUGGGCUUUACUCAGCUGUCGGGGGAAGAAACCCAGCCGUAUAUAUGGACAGGCCAUGGCCAUCAUCAAUGGCUCCCUUUAUGUCUUUGGUGGGACAACUGGCUAUAUUUAUAGCACAGACCUGCACAAACUAGAUCUCAAUACCAGAGAGUGGACACAGCUGAAACCAAACAACCUGUCCUGUGAUCUACCAGAAGAAAGAUACAGACAUGAAAUUGCACAUGAUGGACAAAGGAUUUACAUCUUGGGUGGUGGUACUUCUUGGACAGCUUAUUCUUUAAACAAGAUCCAUGCAUAUAACCUUGAAACGAAUGCAUGGGAGGAAAUUGCAACAAAACCCCAUGAAAAAAUAGGUUUUCCUGCAGCCCGAAGGUGUCACAGUUGUGUUCAAAUAAAAAAUGAUGUUUUUAUCUGUGGGGGCUACAAUGGGGAAGUGAUCCUGGGAGAUAUCUGGAAGUUGAAUCUGCAGACUUUUCAAUGGGUGAAGCUCCCAGCUACCAUGCCAGAGCCAGUUUAUUUCCACUGUGCAGCUGUUACACCAGCUGGUUGCAUGUACAUUCAUGGCGGAGUGGUGAACAUCCACGAAAACAAACGGACUGGGUCGUUGUUUAAGAUCUGGCUGGUGGUACCUAGCCUGCUGGAACUGGCGUGGGAGAAGCUGCUCGCGGCCUUCCCUAACCUAGCAAACCUCUCCCGAACACAGCUUCUGCACCUCGGACUCACACAGGGACUCAUCGAGCGCUUGAAAUGAGGAUUUCUGGACUGUUCAUUGAUACUGGAAAUGUUAAUUUAAAGAGACUCCUUUAUUUAUGGGCAGUGUAGAAUGUGCUACAAAGAAGAUUGGUUACCCUGAUCAAGGCCUUACUCAGAAAAUACAUCUGAUGCCUUUCUGUAAAUCGGUUUUUAAGUUUAUGGACAUCUCACUUUCCUACACGCUUCUUUCUUUGUUCCUCUCCCUCCUGCCCCAGCACGGACACAUACAUACUCCCUCUUUCUUGAUGGAGUUGAGGGAAAGUCUCAAAGUACCUUCAUAAUGUUGCGAAUCAAGAUAAGAUGAAGAUUUUUUUAGAAGGAAUUCUGAAUAUAUGGCUAUGGCAGCCAGUGCUCUCCAAAUUAAACAUCAUCAAGAACAAAAAUAAAAUUAAAACAUUUUAAAUCUAGCAGCAGCAAGAAAAAACAGUUUAGAAGUAGAAGGUUAACCUUGAGAAUUCGGCGGAUUGUACUUAAAUGUGAUGUUAACUUCGUGUUUUCCAGAUGUGUCUGAUAGAGUAGCUGGGUCCACUGGCAGCAAUGGUGGACAUUUGCUCCAUAGAUGCCCAAACCCUUUGGCUUUGGAGUAGAGUUUAGCAGCUCAGCAACUCUUGGUUAGUGACUUCUUUUUUCAUCCCUACAUGCUGGCAGUGGUUAGAGUUGUCUUAUUGAAAGACUGACUGUGUGUCCGGGUCAUGCUCUUUGUGGUUAGUCUGGGAAAUACAGCACCAAAAAUGUCUCCACUUGGAAACUGCUAGUGGUCAGAGUUCUUCAUUCUGGGUUUCUUGGAAAUUUUCCUGUGCUUAUUAAUGGUUUUAACUAUCUCUUUGACUUCUCUACGGGGAGUUAUAGACCCUAAAUAUGCAGUGGAGGUGCCAUGGGACAUAAACAAAUACCUGCUAGGUGGGCCAGAGGAGAGCCAGCAUAGAGAGCCAGUGCACUCUGGGCUUGUUCACUUGGCCUCUGCUGAGGCGCUGGCCUUGGACUGUCAUGUUAGCUGUUUUCUAUUCAAAACUUGUUUCUUUUCCAGUUGCUGGACCCCGUAGUUGGCCUUUCCUUAGGCAGUUGGUCCUUGGCUUUCCUUUUAGCUGUUGCCUCUUUUUCUGUCUGCUUUAAUGUGCAUGGUGCUGAGAUUAAUUGUCUAGUGAUUAGAUAAAAGGUCUCAGGGGAAAGCCAUAGGUCAUCCUUUCUGAAGAAGCAAGUGUCAUUUACAAACGAGUGUGAAGAAGGAUGAAACUGAGUAUCACUCACUUUUUUUGGUGUGAAAUUUCAGUUUGGGUUCUGUUUUUUUAAUUCUGAAAAGAAAAAUGACUUAAUUUCACUUGCUUUGCCCUCAGCCUGCUGGAGAAGGUGAGCAUGUCACAAGCCACCAGCAUUUGGAAAUCACGGUACUCACGGUACUGAGGGCAUGCAGGAGGGCACAGUGCCAAUCCUCUCGCAGGUCACCUCUUGGUGGAGACUCACACGGGAGAUUUGGGACAGAUUUUUCCUUUAAGUGCCUCUUUUUCACCUAGCUUUUAAAGUUACUCUUCUUUUUUCUUCAUCCCUCAAGGAAUCUCUCUAGCUUACGUGUGGACUUAAAACCACCUUUGAGUUAGAACUGAAAGGCACCACCCAGUGUUCAAUUCUGGGGGAGAGAAAACCUUGGCCUCCAGACUUGGCUCCUAACUUGUAGGCCUUAUUGUAACAUCCCUCCCAUGUUGAGUUAAUGGAGCCUGUAUUCUGAAAAGUCCUGUUGCAACCACUCAUCUGUGAUCUUGGGCCCUUUUAGGGGAACGAGGA